GUCAUACUUGAUACCAUGGAUCACGUGAUCAAGUUUAUGGUGAUUUUAAAAAAUUGCGCGCGGUAUAUAAGACUCUCGAAUCGCCUAAACAGGCAUAAGCUCACUUACUUCCGAGAAGUACCAAGCAAUCCACAACCAAUCAACAUGUUCAAGCUGGCUGUCUUCGCUGCCAUCCUGGCUGUCGCAGUUGCUUUCCCCGGUGGUCUGACCGGCGUCAUUGUCGAUGCUGGCACCGGCCCGAUUCACGCUCCGGCGGUCGUCGCUCCCGCGAUCGCUCAUGUCGCUCCAGUCCAUGCCCAGCUGAUUGCCCAGCCGAUCGCUCCCGUUGUGCACAGCCCGGCCGUCGUCACCAGGACUGUUCUGGCUGGUCAUGGUGCUGUCCCCCUUGCUCUGCACGGUUAGAUUAGAAGAAUCAAACUCCCCACCACCACCGAGUCUCACGACGACACAGCCCUGGAAGAAAAACAAAAAAGACAAAAAAAGAAACAUACGUCCUCCACGUCCUCCUCGAUCGAAAUCGUCCUCUUGACGCGAAGGAGAAGAUCGCGGCUCGAAGGAAAAAAUUGCACAUUCCCGCCGAUUUCGCUCGCCGUUGCGAAUCGUCAUCAUCAGGCCCACCAUGACCGAGUUCACACGACGAAGCGGACCAAUUGGGACUACACACUAGAAUCGGCCACUAGAAUCUCCUACAUUCGUCUUUCGUCUUGGCUUCAUCGACCUAAAUUUCGCCUUGAUCAUUCCGCCAUCAUCCCCGAACCCUCUACCCUCGUGUUCUCAUAUGGAAUUUUAAUAAAAUUUUAAUUACAAAUCUCCA